GCCUUUGGCGCGUGAUGAAGAGGCGGCGGCGGGCGUCCAAUGAGAGCGCGCCGCGUGGCAUGUGACGUCACAGGUUCGACGGCGACUGGAGGCGAUGGAGGAGUUGUCCCCCGCCGCCCCCGCCCUUUUCCCCGCUCCUCUCCUCGAAAACCCCAUGGAGAUCGCCCGCCUCAAGCUCAUCACCGAUGCCGCCGCCUUGUUGCCCCCCGAUCCCGAUCCCGCGCCCGAUCCCUCCCCGGCGACCGCCGCCGCCGCUGCGGAGGACGUCGAAUUGCGGUCGAUCGCCGGGAGCGAUGACGACGACGACGACGACGAUGCCGCGUCGAUCGGGCCCGAGCUCUCCGCCGAGAGCCCCUGCUCGAUUGCUAGCGAUUCGAGCAGCGUAGCUGAGGAGCUGCUGAAUUCGGACACGCCCUUUUGUGAGAUCGCAGAUGCCGCAGCCAAAGCUGUUGGUGAGAGUAGCGGUGAUACUAUGGCGAUCGGGGGCGAGAAUGAUGUCUCGGCCCCUGCUGUGGUGGAGCCGGCUACUUGCCGAGCGGGCGGCGGCGUGCGCAGCGUGUUCCUGCUCGAUUACGUGCCGCUUUGGGGCUGCACGUCGAUCUGCGGGCGGAGGCCGGAGAUGGAGGAUGCCGUCGUGGCCGCGCCUCGGUUCUUCGAUAUACCGCUUCGCUUGCUGACCAGCGAUGCCGUCGACGGGCUGGAUCCCUGCUCGUUUCGAUUGCCCGCCCAUUUCUUCGGAGUCUACGACGGCCACGGUGGUGCCCAGGUGGCUAACUAUUGUCGCGAUCGAAUUCAUGUCGCAUUGGUCGAGGAGCUGAGCAGUAUAGAUGAAGGUUUAGGAACAGAUCCUGUCGUCGAUUUUAAGAAGCAGUGGGAGAGGGCCUUCGUCGAUUGCUUUGAGAAGGUAGAUGAUGAGGUCGGAGGGAAAGCGAGGAGAGCGAAUGCUCAAAGUAUGGAGGAGGAUUCCGAUGGAAUCGGAGAAGGGCCGUCGGAACCUGUUGCGCCGGAGACUGUGGGAUCGACAGCUGUCGUUGCUGUUAUUUGCUCUUCGCACAUUAUCGUCGCAAACUGUGGGGAUUCGCGAGCUGUUCUUUGCCGCGGCAAGCAACCCGUGCCUCUAUCGGUUGAUCAUAAACCUAACAGAGAAGAUGAGUACGCAAGGAUUGAAGCAGGUGGGGGCAAGGUCAUACAGUGGAAUGGAUAUCGUGUAUUUGGUGUUCUCGCGAUGUCACGUUCAAUUGGAGACAGAUACCUAAAACCAUGGAUAAUUCCAGUACCCGAAGUCACAAUUAUUCCUCGUGCAAAGGACGAUGAGUGUCUUAUUCUAGCUAGUGACGGUCUAUGGGAUGUCAUAUCAAAUGAAGAAGCGUGCGAUGUUGCGCGCAAGAGGCUUCUCGUAUGGCACAAAAAGAAUGGCGUCUCUUCUUCUUCUUCGUCUUCUUCUUCUUCUUCUUCUUCCUCAACUCAACAGAGAGGGGGCGACUUCACAGACCCCGCUGCCCAAUCAGCAGCCGACUGCCUCUCAAAGCUUGCUCUCCAAAAAGGAAGCAAGGACAACAUCACCGUGAUUGUUGUCGACCUCAAAGCCCAGCGGAAGUUUAAGGCCAAAAUAUAACCCUGCCAGGUCCAGGUCUGAAAUUAAUAUCAUUGAUGAUAUAUAGGUUAGAAAGCAAUAUGAUUAUAGUUUACUGCAGUUUAAUGAUUAGUUUUACUGAGUUACGCAUGCCUUAAUAGGCCCUCAUAUUUAUUUCGCCCGAUGGGCCUCAAGUAAUGUAUUGUGUUGUAUACUGAUUCUGCUCUGCAGGCCAACUCUUGCCUUAUGCUUCAAGAUGCUGGUGCUCUGAUCUUAGCAGUUUCGUUCUUUUUUUAACUGGGCCAGCUACUGGCUAUGUAUAUGUUGAGCUUGUAGAGUUUAAAAAACAAAAAAAAUGGUGUUAUGUAACGACUAUUUUGACUUUGUUGAUCCGCUUUAUAGUAUCCGCCGCGUUCGCCUCCGAGUUUGAAGGCUCUGUGAGGUGUUCUUUUUUUGUUUAACACUUUUAGACUUCCUCCUCCUUUUUUGUUGUUUACUGUACUGAUGCUGUUGAAACAUGAAAUACAUGAAUGGCUUUUCUA